CCUUUCCUAUGUUGAAAUCCAAUUUGUAAUAGGAUUGGAUUCCAAACGCAAACUAUAAAUAUAGGUUUCCACAUUGCUACUCCCCUGACUCCGCCUCCGACUCCGACUCCGACUCCAACUCUCCUCUCCUCUCCUCUCCUCUCCUCUCCUGUCACUUUGUGUCGAGUUCUUUGCGACUGGAACCUAGCAAGAUGUGGAAUGCGCUCACUGAAAUUAGUGAUUCUGAAUUCACACUGGAAGAAGUUGAUAUCUUGAAGAAGAACAAAAACAUAUUCAAGGACAACAUCCCAAGAAAAGAAGUAGAGCAGUUCUUCGCAAAUCUUCCUGAAGAUAUCAUCUUUGACAUUCUUGUUAAAGUUCCAGCAAGUGACCUUCACGAAAAUGUUAGGCUGGUAUGCAAAGCAUGGAAAGGAAUGAUCUCUACAAGUAAUUUCAUUGCCCAAAAUGCACUCCAAGUGAAACCUAAAUUACUGAUACAGAGCGUAACCUUCAUGAGGCCCUUGUAUGUUAAAGUAAAAGCAAUGGAGGUUGAUGAAGAGCGGCUUGACUACAAGUUGAGUGAUUUUGAACUGCCCCAAUCAGUUCGUGUCAGGUCCAGCUGUAACGGUUUGCUUUUAGUAAGUGACAUGAGGAAAAUGAGAGUGCUACAAGUCAUGAAUCUAGUGACCAAGUGUUGUUUGACACUCCCUCUACACCCUCCAUUUUGUAUACACAAAGGUUGCGGGGCAGCUCUGGGAUUUGACCCUUGUACCAAGAAGUACAAGGUGGUGCACAUUUGCACUCUUUUGUUUCGUUUUGAGAUAUUCACCAUAGAUGGUUCUGAUAAUGCAUGGAAAAGGGUUUGUGGACCAUGGAAGCACCCAUUUGAGUGGCCCUUCGACUUGGAUUUUCGUUUGAAUGACCCGGUGUUGGUAAAUGAGCGAUUUGUGCACUGGUAUGUUAAUUCAGAUGAAUACAUCAUCUCUAUAGAUUUACGCAAUGAAAGAGUUAUCAAAACACAUCUUCCUGAUUGUGGCAAGGGAAUAGACAGGCAUAGGUACACUUUGCUGGAGCUUGAUGGGUAUCUUUCUUUAGUGCACAAUGCUUCCAAUACCCAAAUUGAUGUCUGGAUUUUGGAAGACUUUCACAGUCAGAUUUGGUUGAAGAAACAUAGUAUUCUAGCAGAGUCGAUAAAGUAUACAAUAUCAAACGAUUCUUCAUCAUGCAGCAAGCAAGAAAAUGCUUUUCCAAAUCUUAGCAAACUUGUUCCCCUUGCUUGUACAAGAAAGGGUGAAAUUUUGAUUUUUAAGCACAAAAGCUCUGGUACAGAUUUUCGCUUUUAUCUAUAUGAGACAAAGAACAGAGAGAUGAAGAAAUUCAAGAUGACGAUUAGGGGACAGCUUUUCUUCAUACCCCAUGCUAGCAGCUGUUCUCAUUGGAGGACUUCCUACGGGCCAUGAAGUAAUACUUAGUUUGGCUUGUAUAAGGGUAGCUUAUUUCUUUGAGAAACAUCUAUUCAAGUAUUUCCUUCAUAAAUUUUCUAUGUCCUUUGCCGAUGAAUAUAUUUAAUGGAGGUGAAUUGAUGAAAUAGAAUUGGAGUCAUGCUGAAGAAGAAGUUGCUUGUUUUAGAAGAUUUCGAUCAAAUUAACUGAAAUUAGUGAACUUUGGGAUGUUGUUGCUUGACUACUUUGGAAUACAUUGGAAUGGUAACUGAAAAUUCUUUUGUUCA